AUGAACUCAUGGUAUCUGCCUUGGUUUCUGCCUUUUGCAGUACUUCUGGUGGUUUCUGGCUUGCCAACUCCAGAAAACUUUGAUGUAGAUGCUGGAAUUGAGAAGGACAUUUUCGAUAUAAAUGAAGAGCUGGGACUGGAUCUUUUUGAAGGUGACAUCAAACUUGACAGGGCACAAGAGAGGAAUUCCAUAAUUGGAGAUAAUUAUAGAUGGCCUCAUACCAUUCCAUAUGUAUUAGAAGACAGCUUGGACAUGAAUGCUAAGGGAGAGAUCCUCAAUGCUUUUGAACGCUAUCGCCUGAAAACAUGCAUUGAUUUCAAGCCUUGGGCUGGAGAACCUAACUACAUAUCAGUGUUCAAGGGCAGUGGCUGCUGGUCUUCAGUGGGAAACAGGCAUUAUGGGAGGCAAGAACUUUCUAUUGGAGCCAACUGUGACCGAAUAGCAACAAUUCAGCAUGAGUUCCUCCAUGCCCUGGGAUUCUGGCACGAGCAGUCACGUUCCGACCGGGAUGACUAUGUCAAUAUCAUGUGGGAUAGAAUUCAGUCAGGCAGAGAACACAACUUUAAUACCUAUUCCGAUCAGGAAUCAGACUCUCUGAAUGUUCCCUACGAUUACAAUUCGGUGAUGCAUUACAGCAAAACUGCCUUUCAGAAUGGGAGUGAGCCAACCAUUGUAACGAGAAUUCCCGACUUCAUGGACGUGAUUGGCCAGCGGAUGGACUUCAGUGACUAUGACCUCUUAAAGCUGAACCGCCUGUAUAACUGCACCUCUUCCUUGAGCUUUAUGGAUACAUGCGAUUUUGAACUCGAAAAUGUGUGUGGUAUGAUCCAAAGUUCAGAAGAUAGUGCUGACUGGAAACGUGUUUCCAACGUUCCCCAGGGGCCGCAAAGUGAUCACUCCAACAUGGGCCGAUGUGAUGGUUCUGGCUUCUUCAUGCAUUUUGACGGCAGUUCUGUGAACGUAGGGGCGACAGCACUGCUGGAGAGUCGAAUGAUGUACCCUAAACGAGGAUUCCAGUGUUUGCAAUUUUAUCUGUAUAACAGUGGAAGUGAAAGUGACCUUUUGAACAUCUUUGUCAGGGAGUAUACUACAGAAAAUGUGAAUGGUACUCUGACCCUUGUGGAACAGAUUAAAGACAUACCCACCGGGAGUUGGCAGCUUUAUCAUGUAACAUUGAAAAUGACCAACAAAUUUCGAGUGGUGUUUGGUGCAGUCAGAGGCUCUGGUCCUUCGUCAGGUGGCCUGUCUGUUGAUGACAUCAAUCUUUCAGAAACCCGGUGCCCUCAUCAUAUCUGGCACAUAAAAAAUAUCACACAGGCCACUGGCAACCUGGAGAGCCCUCCGUUUUAUUCUUCAAAAGGUUAUGCCUUUCAAAUUUCCCUGACUCUAAACCAUUCGACGAAUGUAGGAAUAUAUUUUCACUUGAUCUCUGGAGACAACGAUGAUCAAUUACAGUGGCCCUGUCCUUGGCAACAAGCCACAAUGACACUUUUGGAUCAAAACCCUGAUAUUCAACAGCGUAUGUCCAACCAGCGGAGUAUCACCACAGACCCAUUGAUGAUCGCUGAUAAUGGAGGCUAUUUUUGGGACAGGCCUUCCAAAGUCGGAACAGUGGUUCUUUUCCCUAAUGGAACUCAAUACCACAGAGGUCCAGGCUUUGGCACCAGUGCCUUUAUAACCCAUGAGAGGCUGAAGAGCAGAGAUUUUAUAAAAGGAAAUGAUGUGUACAUCCUUUUGACAGUGGAAGACAUAUCCCACCUCAAUUCCACACAGACUGAGCCGGUCCCGCCCCCUGUCAGCACAGUGGACCCGCCCGUUGUCAAUGGGGACUCCUGCACAAACGUCAUCUGUGAGAAUAAAGGCAUCUGCAUUGUUUACAAUAAUAAAGCUGAGUGCAGGUGUCCGUCAGGGGUUGACUGGUGGUACACAGGAGAGAGAUGUGAGAAGAGAGGCUCCACCCGAGACACCAUUGUCAUUGCCACUUCCUCCACUGUCACUGUGUUUGCUGUGAUGUUGAUAAUCACCCUCGUCAGUGUGUACUGUGUCAGGAAGAAGUAUCGGCAACGAUUACGUGACAACACAGCACCCAGGACUCUGCCAGAUGUAAGUAUCCGACAUUUGCUUAUUAAACACCUACUGAUGAAGGUUUAUGGAGAAGUGAGAUAUUUUGAAUGUGUGGUUUGA